GUAUUGUGCAGUUUACUCAAUUGGUCAGAGAGAUGGAGAGUGUGGACAGUGAGGUUGCAAGACUCCACAGUCUCAUAAGGAAUCACUACUUACCUCCAGUGUCCAUCAGCUCUAAUGUUGAUACAUCUUUGUAGAAGCUGAUUUUGCUGUGGAAUAGAAAUACUGAACAAAAUGAGGAAAAGACAAGUUUAUCAAUAUUGUGUGUGUGUUUGUAUAUUGUUGUACAUUUAUCACUUCUUUGGUGUGAGCGACUAUCUGUUCUCAAAAAGUUUUGAUGAUGACUUUGACUACCCUCUAAACAUAGACAUUCAACCAGUAGUGAAUGAAAUUCUAGCAGGAGGCAAACCCAGUGUUACACCCAUUAAUGUAUAUCCAUACCGAUAUCUCACAAACUCUGGCAAAUGCAAAAUAUCUCAGAUUGAUUUGUUUAUAGUUGUAAAGUCAGCAAUGGAUCAUUUCAAACAAAGAUCUGCUGUACGAGAGACGUAUGGCAAAGAAAACUCAGUGCCUGGUAAAGUUGUCAAAGCUCUCUUCUUUCUUGGUAUCGAUAGUUCCAAGCCAGAUAUACAAAAUAAAAUAAGUGAAGAAAUGGCAAAUUACCAGGACAUCAUACAAAUGGAUUUUCAUGACACUUAUUACAAUAACACUAUUAAGACUAUGAUGUCAUUCCGAUGGCUGUACGAACAUUGCCCCACUGCAGACUUUUAUCUAUUCACAGAUGAUGAUAUGUACAUUUCCGCUCGCAACUUAUUGGAAUAUGUCAAAAGUGACACAAAAGAUAAGAAAGACUUAUUUGCUGGAUAUGUUUUUGAAUCAAUUCCACAAAGGUUUCGCUCCAGUAAAUGGAGAGUGUCUUUGAAAGAGUACCCCUGGAAUAAAUGGCCUAAAUAUGUUACUGCCGGUGCCUUUGUUGUCUCAAAUAAAAGCUUGAAAGAUUUGUAUGUAGCCAGUUUGUUUGUGCAACAUUUCCGAUUUGAUGAUAUCUAUUUGGGAAUAGUAGCUAAGAAAAUGGGAGUAGAUGUGAGUCAUUGUGCCCAAUUUUAUUUUUAUAAGAAGAAAUACACCAAGGAUGGUUACAAAAGAGUUAUUGCAUCCCAUGGAUAUGAUGAUGGUAAAGAAUUAAUUAAAGUAUGGAAAGAACAAAAUCUGUGACUGAUAGUAAUUUUUUGGAAUAUCUACAAAAGUACAUUCCUGUGUCAUGUAUAAUGGUUGUACAGAUAUAAGUGUUAAAUGCUUAGUAAUUAAUUUGUAUGAGUGUAAUUAAUUGUGAAAAUGAUUAUACUUGUAAUCAUAAUAUGUAGGGAAUUAACAAUAAUUUAAUUUAUUAGUGUAGAAAAAGUAUAAAGAAAAACAAUAUUCACUACAUCAUCUCUAAUUGUGGUUUGCCAAAAUGAUUAAGGUUUUGAAUUGGAGUCCUGUUGAUAAUACUCUUAAUUUUUUUAUACACAUUGUGUUUAUCAAUACUCUUCUAGAUUAUAUUAUAUUAUAAUAAUUGUUAAAAAUAGUGAAAAAUUUUGCAGUUAAGAUCUAAACAGCACCUAGAUCUAAACAGUGAUUAACUCAAAAAACCCUUUUUUCAGUAGAGUUGAAAAACUGAUUCCCUGUGCUCUGCAGCAGUUUUCUGAAUUGAUCAAUGCUUUUUAAAUGCAUAUUGAAGAAUUAUGUUAUCAGAAUCGUAUGUUUUAAUCGUAUAUUGGGGCUGAAAAUUAAUUUUUUUGUAGUUAUUUCUGUAUUGCUUAAAAAAUGUUUAUAAUUUUUUUAGUUAUUUGGAGUUGAAUCUGUGAAUCUGAAUUUCGUUUUUAGUUGACUCUCUUUUGAAGAUUCAAUAUAAAUUUAAAUGUAACAACAUUUUGAAUUAUUUUAUAAUAAUGCAACUCAUACACAGGUUUGUGACCAACAGAAGGGGUAUGUUAGUUGUUGGACUAGCAAGAAAACACUGAAUUAAGUACUCAAGUGAGACAUUAUCUUUAAUAAUCAUUAAUUAAAGAAUAUCUUAUCACAGCCCGUAGUACCCGUAGGACCCGUAAUUAUGUUAAUUGUUCAAAAAAACUAUCUUUUCUUAGCACAUCUAAAAUCACAUUUCUCUACUUUUUUUUAUUGCAAUUUUAUAAACAAAAAACUUACAUGAGUAGGUAUGCUGAACAUAGCAAAGUGAAGGUAAAUGCAUACCUACUUAUUAACAAAAAAUAAUCAACAUUAUACUUAAUAUAAUUAUUUAAAUACAAAAAAUGGCACUUUGAGAUCAAAUUGAAAAUCACAAAUUAUUUAAUUGUAUCAUUUAAAUUUUAGCUAAUAACUAAAAAAAAUUGUAUUCUUACACCUUUUAAAUUUGUUUUAUACUACAUCAUAUAUUAUAUCUUAUAUACUAUAAAACAGUCAAUUGUCAUCGCCCAAAACAUCUUUAUAAUAAACAUCACAAUAGCAUUUUGGAAUGACGUUCUUAUGUAUUAAUUCUUGUAUGUAAUUUUUUUUGCACCAGACAAUGCCAUUUUCUCAGUGUAUGCAUGCGUUAAAGGGAAUGAAAAUACCGAUUGAUCUAUGGCAGAUCCGGAUCCUCUUUCGCACACAACCUUUUCUGUAUGUUUCCUCUGCAAAUGAUGUUUUAUAGAAAAACGAUUCAGGGUGUCCUUUUUCAAUCAUGAGAACCUUAAUUUCAUGCCACUUGACUUGAUUUCGCUCCUCGUCUAUUUUGAAAUUUGUGCCCCACGAUUCUUGCAAAGCUUUCACGUCAUAUAACUUGUCAUGCGUCAUUUCUACGACUGUGUAUGGUUUUCACGUCUUUUUUGCUGUAUCAAUCAAAGUUUUAUAUUGCUCUGGUAUAUAGAUUGAACCUGACUGCAAGUAUCUUUUAAUUUGUCUCUCAAUGACACUGAACGUUGUCUCCUUCAUUUUGAGAGUGUCCACGUAUUAAAAAUUUGUGAGUAAUAGACUUAACACUCAACUUGUUUACAGCGUAGGCGUAGGCUGACAGUAAAAAAUUAUUUUUUUGUUGUCCGCCACACUUGUCUGAGUAGAAAAUUAUGUUAAUUUCUUUAUUAGGAUGUUGGGCCACCUGAGCUUUAACGUAGUCGAGUAUGCAGCUGCCAAUUUCAACAGCUCCUCGUUUUCCUUGGGCUUCAUCCCAAAAGAGGCACACCACAUCUUUUGCCCUUAAAUCCCUAAUGGUAAAAUUGAAACAGUUAAUCCUGGAUUUAUAAAAAAUAGGCAUAUUUGUCCCUUUGGAAUCUGCAAUACUGCCUGCAAGUGGUAAACUGCUACGAUAGUACCAUCGGUCCUACUUUUAUCAUUUUCUUUUUGUAGCCAAAACUUUUUCAUUCAGAUGAUGUUCAUAUUCUUAGCUAAACUUGCGUUUUUCUUCUACGUCUGAAUUUUUAUAUCUUUCGCAAAAAUCACACGGAUCUUUUUUCGGUAUAAAAAAAGAAAUAUUGAAUUGGGUGUUGAAUAUCCUGUUGAAGGUGGAUGACGUGGCAAAAGUUAAACCAUCCUUUUCACGUAGGGUAGGGCGGGGCACAAAGGUCCAAUUUCAUUAUUAGCAAUUGUACUGUGAAAACCAAACCGCCUAUAUCAAAAUAAAAAACACAUAUGAAACAAACAAUAAUCGAACUAUAUUUGGCCCAAUUCUCGAUUGAUUCAUCAUUACAGAAGUAUAUCUUUUUACUGUUUAUCUAGACCUUGUCAUCUCUCUCUUUUUGCCCCAUAGCAGGGGUAAAACGGGACAGCGGGGAGGCAUAAAGGUCCAAUAUUUUAGUGUAUAUUAAAAGUAUAUUUGUUUUAAAAAAAACAGAAAUACUAGUGCGGUAAUCAUUGUAAUAACAGAAAAUAUAUUAUCUUCAUUUAAGUAUAGGUAAUUAAAAUGAAUUACCUAGUCUUAUUCAAAUAAAAAUACAUGAAUAUUUUUUAUGUUUGGUUUUAUUAGUAAUUUCUCCUAACACUUAAUAAUCAGUCUCAGUUUAAAUAUAUAAAAUAAACAAAUAAAUGCUAUCCUUUAUGCAUUCUGCCAUAACCAGACAAAACUUUACAAUAAUGUCAAACAUAAAUAUUUAAACUCUUAUAAAAGGAAACAAAAUGCUAAGCAUUAAACAAAAAAAAUCUUCUAACUCUUAUGAAUAGUAUAAGAGGUAUUGCUUUGGAGAUAAUACUUUUUGUAUCUUAAUCAGACUCAUCAUUUCCUGAAUCACAAUUAUUACAUACGAAGUAAACACUACCUCUGUUUGAAAUACAUUUUUCGUGGGCCCAACGUUUGCACAGAUUACAUUGUAUCCAACCUUCGCCUGGAACGCUCUCAUUGUAGUUCUCGCAGCAAAUUAAACAGAAAUAUUCAUCAUCAGAGCUAGAAUCACUAUUAAUUUCUUGUAAUAUUGCUUUUUUAACCUGUUCUACUUUUUUAUUUACUUUCGCCUUCUUGUUUACACCUUUGGUCUUUUUGUUCUUCGCAAUGUCUUGUUCUUUUCGAAGAUUUUCUUUUUCAGGUGUAUCUGUUAAAAUAGCAGUUUUGCGGCGUUUUCUGUUUGCGAUUGAUUUUCGUGGCCAGCUUUUGGUAGCGGCCGUACGACUUCAGGCGAAAAAACUUCCUGAGGAUCGACCAAUGUAUCACCAGUGUCAAUCAUUGCGUCAUGUGUUGUUGGUUGCUGCGGAUUAGAUGACAUCAAAGGCUGUGUAUUCAACAGUAUUGAUGGAAAAGAAUCUGAUGAUGUUGAUGGCUGUGGCUCAUUUGUGUAAUUUAUUAAGGGACGAUCCGUAACAUAACUUGGUGCAAAAUCAUUGUCAUUAAAUUUAUUUUGGUUGUAGGGAAAUAUGCCACUUUUUUCAAACCCACUCAUAAUGUUAUUUGGUGUUAAAGCUAAAGGUAAGGCAGUUCGGACAAGUCCAGGGAUAUCAUAUAUGGUCAUUGUCUUUCCAGCAUUAUUCCUCAUCCAUGCAUCUUGAGCUGAAGACAUAUAUCUUUUAAAAGGUUCGUAUACUGCCACGUCAAGCGGUUGUAACUUGUGAGAACAAUGUGGCGGAAAGGAAAGCAUCACCACGCCGUUUUCUUUAGCUAGAUCUAGUGUGGGUACAGAUAAGUGUGAGCAGUGGUUGUCUAAAACCAAUAACGUCGGCGAUUCUUUACUAGGCCUAACUUUCUUGAUAAAAUGCUGGAUAAAUAUAAAAAAUUCAUCAUUAGUAAUCCAGCCGCUAGAAUUUCCGGCACCAAUGCAAUCAGUAGGACCAUCUCGAAUAAAAUGAUCUUGAAACUUUUUGCGAGGAAAUAUAAACAUUGGUGGAAUGGAUGAAUCUGUAGCUGAGACUGCGACUAAUAGAGUAAUAUUAGUUCCACGUUCACCUGAUGUUACAGAACCAACAUUUCGUUUUCCUUUAGCUGCAAUUAUUUUUGAUGGUUUGGUGACAGUUGAUACACCAGUUUCAUCUGCAUUCCAUAUGGAAGAAGCUGUAAAUUUAAAUCGAUCCAUAACUUCUGCUAAUUUCGUGUAAAAUUCUUGCACAUUACUUUUAUUAAAUGACGUUGCUCUGCUUAGGCUUGUUGCUUCAGGUUUUCUAAUAGAGAGGCUGCUAUUUCGUGUAAGAAAUGCAGACAUCCAAUCCUUCCCAGCCAUUUUAUGUGAAUGCCAUGUGUCUGGAAUAUUUAUUUUAUAUUUAAUAGCACAGUCAUAAGCCAUGCGACGAACUUCUUUAGGACCUAUACCAUGGAAAAUUUGUGCAAGUUUGAGCAAGUAUUUUGUUAGACUGUCUUCUUGUUCUUUAUUAAAUAUUUUCCUUGGAGCACCAUGAUAGCCAAAUCUCAAAUUUACAGGAUCAUUCUCCAUUCGUUUAAUAAAUCUUGAUAAUGAAGUUUUACUUAAUUCAUAAGCACGACACACCUCCCUCAAUGAUUUUUUUUUAUGUAGAACUAUAUUUGCUGCACGUUGCAUCAAUUCUACAGAUUUUGUGCCACGUUCUGUUUUUCUUCUGUAGUUCCGCAUACUAAAAUUGAAAUAAUGAUUUUAUAACCAAUACGUAAAUGAUGUGGGGUCAAAAGGUCCGGUUGGUCCUUUUUACCCCAACCACGUGUGAGUAUUUCAAGAGUUUAUAUUUAAAAAAACAGUCAAUCUUACUUAAAAAUAACAACAAACUUUAAAAAACAAUAAAGUAACGUAAAUCUUAAAACUGUGUUUAGGGAUCGUUCACUUAAAAACAGUCCUUCAGACUAAAAAGUUCAAUAUCGAAUAAAAAUACUUACGCUGAAACUUGGACACGCGACCGUGUAUCUCCGCUAAGCAACGUCGCUCGACUGUCGGCGAUGGCGCGUUACUCCCCCCGCGCCGGCUUCAUUCCAUCACUAUCGUUAGAAAGAAUGAUACUUCACUUGUUUUUUAAAUAUUUGUGGUGGACGUUUUUACCCGCGGAUCUUUAAGACCCGCCCUACCCUACUUGUUUAUAAUCUCUGUCGAUAUCGGGCCAAUGAUUUAUCACUUGAAAUAAACACUCUUGUUGCUUGAGCUCUCUAGUAAUGCGAUUCUAUCCUUGGAAUAGAAUUUGUAAAAUCUAUAACACUGUUUAAUUUAUGGAUCAAUAGUUGGUUGAUGGCCAUGUUUUCCUCUCAAAUCAGCUUGUAUGACUCCUGAUUCCGUCUUCAUUGAUAGGGCCUUCAUUGUAUCGCUUUAUAACUUAAUUCAAGAGUUGAUUUGAAAAAUGGUUUGCAUACCCUUAUUUUGGAUCCAUUAACAUCAAAAUAAAAUGCCGUGUUAAGAGCUCUAAAAUCUUGUGUGCUGGAGUAUCGAUAUUUUGGCUUUAUUUUUUGUGAGUGUCGUACUACAAAUUCUCUCUGCCUAUCAAGGUUACUGAGUCCCCAAACUGCAUCAAAAAUAUGUUGCCUUGAUAUUUCAUCGAUCUUUUCUUUACAUUUUAACCGACAUUUUUCUCCACAGGGAGGUCCGACUUUUCUCUCGGGCAUUCGUAUCUUCAAUUUCGACAAGGACUGGUAGGCUUUACCAGAAUUUCUUAGCACUUUUGCAACUUUCGAUUUCCACAUCGUUGGUUUUCGAACUCUCUUUUUACCCUUUUUUUUAUUCUGUCAUGUGCUGUUGGGCAUUCGUUUCAGCAACCAUAGCAUUUUGAGGUUGAGGUUGUAUAUUUGCACUAACAUCUUCGCUGUCCGACGAGGACGAGCUACUAGAACUUGAUAAACUUUCCGAGCUGCUACUGCUGGUGCUGGAUGAUGAACUAGAAGCUACAACCUUAGCCAAUGUCGUACUUUUAUGAUUCAAUCGGAAAUUGGGAUCCACAUCGGAGUUGUCAAUGUCACUUUCGUAACUUCGGUUUGGUGAAAUGUAAUAAUUUGUACCAGUCUGUUGUUUAGACGUCCUCGGAAUAGAUUUAUCAACCACGAAUAUGGAGACAUGAGGUUCCUUAGAUGAGUCUUAAUCCAUUAGCGACGUCAUCCUGGGGUCAUCUUCUAGCGGUGGCCUAUUUACUAGUACCAUCUCCUUCUUAUUCUUAUCUGGUUGCAUAUUGUCAUUUUGAAUCAUUAAGCUAGGGCUGGUAUUCUCUUUGUCCCUUUCUUCAACCAUAUUUACUAAAAAACGUCCACGAUUCAUUCCUUUUCUGAAACAGAUAAUGUUAAUUUCUUAAACGAAAGAUUUAAUAGGCCAUCGAUGAAACGUGUUCGAUUUCAUGAACUUCGAUGUAAUGAAAUUUGAUGUGGCCAUCUAAACAGCUCUCACUAAAAAACUUAAGUAAAAACACAUUAAGCUGUAUAGUUCUAAGACGAAACGAAUAUAAUUAAAGAUGAAAAACCUUCAAUCACCAUUACCAAAAAGUUUCAAUUUAAUUUGGUUUUUCAAGAAAUAUAAGAGAAUGAAAAAUGAUUCAACAAAACAGCCUCAACUACAAAUUAAAAAAAAAUUCAACAAAACGGUAACAAUUCUAAAUAAAUAUUAAAACUUCUCACCUUACUAUCAACACUGGUUCAACUCAAAAUGUAGCUUUAAUUUAUUCAACACUAACCAUAAAAACGAUGACAACUCGAAAUAAUGUUAGUAUAAUUUCGUGGUUUAAUCAACAACACGGAAUUAACCCAAAAUAACUCUCAUUUGAUUACGACGGGUACGUGCGUUCCAUAUGCUAUUCUGACUGCAACUAGCAAUGACCCGGUUUUCCGGCGUCAUGUAGCGUUGAGUAGUGGAACUAAUUUUGUGUCUGUUUUGUUGGUCGAUAUGUAAUGAGUUAAGGAAUUCGAUGGUAUGCAUAUCUCAAAAGUUCAGAUUUUUGAGUUAGCUCUCUUUAGAUCUAGGUGUGCGAUAUUAGGUCUGCAAUGUUUAUAAUAUUUGUUUUUUGACAAUUAAUUAGUAUUUUGUAUUCGUUAAACUGUAGAAAUAUUCAUAAUUCAUUAAUUCACUUUGUAUAAUACAUUUUUAUCUUCUA